AUGGAACCAAGAGGUUUACGAGACAAGUUGGGUGGUCUAGUUGUGUUGGUGGUGCUUGUUUCAACAUCAUUGGUGGUUAAUGUGUCCGGUAACUUGGUUUUUCCAGUGAGUCAUAAGUUUAAUGGAAGAAGGAGAGCAUCAUUGAGUGAACUUAAGGCCCAUGACGAUCGCCGCCACGCUAGAUUUCUCGCGGCCACUGAAAAUGCUAUCGAUGUGGUUUUAGGCGGCAACGGCCAUCCUUCUGAAUAUGGGCUCUACUACGCCAAACUUGGGAUCGGGAAUCCUUCGCACGACUAUUACGUGCACGUUGAUACCGGAAGUGACAUAUUUUGGGUGAGCUGUGUUGAGUGCGGCAAUGACUGCCCGACCAAUACUGAAAUCAAAGGGGUUAGUAUCACACUUUACGAUCGAAAAAGCUCUUCCACUUCAAAGGUGGUGACUUGUGGUGAUAACUUUUGCAAUGUCCUCAACAAAGACAGUCAAAGCAAUUGCACGGCUGAUGAGACUUGCAAGUACCGCAUUGCUUAUGGAGAUGGAGAGACCGAUUCCGGAUACUACGUCAGAGAUGAUGUGCAAUUUCAGAAAGCCACCGGAGACCUUCAAACCUCCAGCACCAGUGGAUCUGUGGUAUUCGGGUGCACCACUAAAAAAACUGGCGGGCUCAAUAACUCUGCUACAGUAACUUCGGGGUUAAUUGGUUUUGGCCAGGCAAAUUCAUCGAUGCUUUCACAGCUGGUUGCCGCAGGAAAGGUCAGGAACAAAUUUGCACAUUGCUUGGAUAGCACGAGACAAGGUGGUGGAAUCUGGGCUAUAGGAGAAGUUGUCGAACCCAAACUUAAGAACACAACACCUCUCGUACCAAAUCAGCAACAUUACAAUGUUGUGUUGGAGAAAAUUGAGGUUGGAAGUGAUGACAUCAAACUUCCUGGUGGUGGUGUUCUUGAUAGUUUAUUUAGCAGCAGUUCAAACCAAGUUACGGCAAUAUUUGAUAGUGGUACAACAUUGGCGUAUGUACCAGAAGAGGUUCAGGAACAGAUAGUCCAGAAGAUAUUUGCUAAGGAGCCUGGAUUGAAAUUGCAAACUAGUGAGGAUAGUCAGUAUGAAUGUUUCGAUUUUUCCAAAAACGUUGAUGAAACCUUUCCUGUGGUCAAGUUCCAUUUCAAGAAUUCAGCUUCAUUGUGGGUCUAUCCACAUGAUUAUAUGUUCACCUUGAAGAAGGAUACGUGGUGUAUUGGUUGGAUGAAAAGUAGACCUGGAUCAAAAGACAGCAUUCUUCUGGGAGAUAUGAUCCUUUCGAACAAGGUUAUCGUAUACGAUCUGGAAAAGCAGGUGAUUGGGUGGACUGAUCACAACUGUUCUUCAAGCAUAAAAGUGAAAGAUGACCAAUCAGGGUCAGACUACUCUAUUCAGUACCACAAUCUUGCUGCUUCUUCAUCAGAUGAUUCCAGCCCAAGACUACUGAUGUCAUUCCUAUUUUUAGUAACCGCCGCAGCUGCUGCAAUGCUGUAA